AUGACGAAACUACAGAUGGAUCCUCAGCAAUUUGAAAGAUUGUUGGCACAGAUAAAUCAGCAAACAGAUUCCUGUGAAGGAAAACUUGGUAUACUGUUCACCUCAAAGGGUUACUUCAGCGCUGAACAAGCCAGUCGUAUUAUCUUCGCCAUUCCUUACCCAGCAGAUAAAGUUCGGGCAAUACAGAUGUUAGAACCAAGGUUGAUUCGUAUGACCUGUCAUGAAGCUAGAGAUAUAAUUAGUGCAGUAAGCGUCCAUAAUGACAAACUAAUAGCCUUAGAUUGUAUUAAAAGAGUGUUGAUGGAUUGUGACUCCAGAGAUGGGAGAGAAUAUCUACUUUCAGCAUUCCCAUUUGAAGGCGACAAGCUGAGGGCAUUAAGUAUAAUACAUACAGUUAGAUCAGAUGUUGCAGAUAAAGUUCCAGCUGGUGGUCACCAAGGUUACGCUGCCCUUGGAGGUCUGUAUACACAAUGUAACCCCCUUGUACCACAUCUCUAUGGCGACCUUGACCACCAGGCAAGAAUGAAAGCUGGUGGAGGUAAAAUUGACAUACCUGUUGGGGCAACUCCAGGAGUCAUCCCUUCAAUGUACACAGGACAUCCCUCAUAUGCUUACCCUCAAGGAAGAACAUUCUCAGAAGAUAGACAAUACCCUGGUAGCCCUACAUUCCCUCCCUCUGCUGCAGGCAUAACUGGGGCACCAACAGGAGCGCCACCUAGUGGAUAUUAUAGUGGUGCCCCUGCACCGACUGGAUUCCCUAACCUGGAUAAUGUCCAUUGA